AUGGUGGGUCAGGACAGGGAAAUGUCAUUCUUCCUCCCUGAGCAUGCGCAGGCUCUGGGCUGCGCAGGCGCUUUCCUACCUCCCUCCCCGACCUUGGCGGAAUUGCGCCUGCGCUGUGAUAGGCUUUUGCUACUGCUCCUGGUGGCGGCGUCGGCGUUGGUCCGGAGCGAUGCCUCGGCCAACCUGGGCAGCGUGCCUAGCAAGAGAUUAAAGAUGCAGUACGCCACGGGGCCGCUGCUCAAGUUCCAGAUUUGUGUUUCCUGAGGGUAUAGGCGGGUGUUUGAAGAGUACAUGCGGGUUAUCAGCCAGCGGUACCCAGACAUCCGCAUUGAAGGAGAGAAUUACCUCCCUCAACCAAUAUAUAGACACAUAGCAUCUUUCCUGUCAGUCUUCAAACUAGUAUUAAUAGGCCUAAUAAUUGUUGGCAAGGAUCCUUUUGCUUUCUUUGGCAUGCAAGCUCCUAGCAUCUGGCAGUGGGGCCAAGAAAAUAAGGUCUAUGCAUGUAUGAUGGUUUUCUUCUUAAGCAACAUGAUUGAGAACCAGUGUAUGUCAACAGGUGCAUUUGAGAUAACUUUGAAUGAUGUACCUGUGUGGUCUAAGCUGGAAUCUGGUCACCUUCCAUCCAUGCAACAGCUUGUUCAAAUUCUUGACAAUGAAAUGAAGCUCAACGUGCAUAUGGAUUCAAUUCCACAUCAUCGCUCAUAGCCCCACCCAUCAGCACUGAAAACUCUUUUACAUUAAGGGAUUUUUGCAAGAGCAGCGUGACUGACAUUAUGAAGGCCUGUACUGAAGACAGCAAACUGUUAGUACAGACCAGAUACUUUCUAGCAGGCUCGUUGUACCUCUUGGAAAACCUCAAUGCAAGACAGUUUUUCAGUGCUGGCACAUUUGGAAUUCUGCACAUUCGUGGAGUGCAAUAAUACUGUAUAGUUUUUUUUUCUCCCCCAAAUCCACUGAGUUAAUAGUUCUUUAAAAAUGUAAACAUUAUUUCUUGUACCUUUUUUCCUUAGUCAUAUUUGAAAAUGUAGCAAAAUGAGUUAGAAUUUGUUUUUUCCCCAAAGAUGUCUGUUAAAUUUGUUGUGAUUUUAUAUGAAUUUUCCUUUUUUAUAGUUUAUUAAUGAUCUUUUUGGGAAUAUAGUUAAGUUCUCAAAUACUUUAUAAGAGUUUAUCAGACAUCUCUCAUUUGGCCAUGUCCAGUUUAUAUAGGUUUCAAAAUACUGCAGAUUGUGAACAGUGUGCUAUACAAAAUUACGGGGGGGCAGAAAUCCUAUAUGCAGAGUACUCUACCAAUUUGUGUGUAUGUGUGUGCAGGUGUGUGUGACUACCAGAGAACUACUAAAAGACCAACUACUUUUUAAAUCCUGUUAUAGUUCAAGUGUCUUGCCUUGACCAAUCUAAUGAGUUAAUUAACUGGGCCUUUAUACUUAACUCAAUAAAAAUCUAAGUGAAUAUAAAUUAAAUAAAAACUUUGAAUUUAUUGCCCAGCGUACCUGUUAACAUUAUAUUUAACAAUCAUCUGCCUAAAUUUUUUUGACUUACAGAUAAUUUCAUAAGGAACACGCUUUAGAUUCACACACAAUAAUAGGUAAUUUACCAUUGAUGCUCAUCUCACUAAAGAAAAUGUAGUUGAACCUCUUUACAACAGUAAUGUUAGAUGAAUGGAGAUCACUUGUCUAAUUUAACUCAACUAGUGUAUCAGAAUAUUAUUGUAUUUGAGUAACAGAAUUGGAAAAAAAGUUACUCAGUGAAUUUAAUAUCUUUUCAGAAUUCUAAAAAAACUGUGAGAGUAAUUUAGCAGAAAUAGGACCAUAAAGUAGAAAAAUAGUCAUAUAACAACAGUUAUCACAUACUGUGGCCUCCAUAUAGGAAUAGAAGUGGUAGGUCCAAAUUUGUUAGUGGAAGUAAAGGGAUUUGUGAAGAGUUAUUAUGAGAUAAUUCAACAUUGGGUCCACCAAACACUUAGCACAACCAUAUACUUUGUCAUUGAGUAUUUGUUAAAUGCAUGGAAUAUACUGUAAUCUCUGGCUGACAAGAAGUUAAGUCUGCAGAAAAUUGAUUAAAAUGACUUAUCUUUUUAAUUAGGACUGAAGAGCUGUUAACCUAAGUUCAUAUAGUGGCAAGAGUGAAUACAAACAAUUUAAGCUGGGAAGUUACUUACAGGUUAUUAUUAUUCAGGUGUAAUAACAUUUUGUUACCUUUGACUAGGGCUAAAACUUCGUUAACUUGAUUUGUACCAGCUCAAACUUGUUAACUUCUGUAAGUUGAACAUACUGCUGAGUAUGUCUACGGUCUUCUUCAGCGGAUGGACAUUCCACUAGUGACAGUUAACCUUUUAGUAUUUAGACCUUUUGUCCUCAAGCCUUGGCUGUUCCCGUGUACCUGUCAGGUCAACCAUGAAGAACCUAAAAUUUGACUUUAACUUUUUCCAUGUUUGCCUUGGGUGAAUAAAUUGUCUUUUGGAGAAUAGCUUUAGGUAACUUAGUCUCUGAUUAAACUCAGCUGUUUUAUUGAUAGCUGUCUCAAUAUUGUUGUUUUAUCUUUAGCCAUAUUUAAAUCUAGGAUUUACUGGAGUUCAGUGGAAAAAAUAACAGUUUAGUGGGAAGCAUAAAUAUAAAAAGAAAGAUUUAAGGGAAAAGUGAAAGCUUAAAUGAAGCUAUUUAGAAUAUAUAGUUUUAUUCCUAACAUUUCAGAAUUUAUUAGUUGCUUACAAAUUUGUAUGUCUAUGUAGUUUAUAAAUGUCUAUGUACUAUAUUAAUUAGAAGACCAUAGACUAUGACAGCAGGUUGGCUAGUAUUAUUGAGGUUUUUACCACAGUUGCUAUUGUGGAAGAAUUAUUUGUUAGAUUAAUCAAAAAAAUGUUGGCAA